AUGCUUUAUCACUCGACGGUGCUGCUCGUGGCGCUUGGUAUCGCAUCGACAGCGGCCCAGUCGUUUGCAGGGAAAGGCACGUCGUACGAAGCGAGCUCCGUGGGCGCUGGCAACUGUAACCUCAUGAGCUGGCUGCCGAUCGCCAACACAAACCGGGUCGCGAUCCCGUCGGCCUUGUGGGCGUCCGGGGCUAACUGCGGGCGCUGCGUGCAAAUCCAGUGCGUCGACCGACUUUGCGAAUCGAACUUGCCCGUCGUCGCGCAAAUCACCGACUCGUGUCCGACCUGCGGCCCCCGCGACGUCGACAUGCUCGACAGCCUCUUCCAGAAGGUCACCGGUGGCCUCUUGACGGGCGCGCCGCAGAUCGUCUGGGCGUUCGUGCCGUGCGCUCCCGUCGGUGGCGUUCACAUCUGCACCAAGGUCGGCAGUUCGCGCUACUGGCUCGCACUGCAGCCGUCCAACACGAUCAGCGGCGUUCAGAGUCUGCGGGUCAUGAAACAACCGACGUCGCUCCUAGGCAGCGCCUUCUACUUUGUCGCGCUCGGCCAAGCGUCGUCCGAAGUGUCGCUCGCAUCGACGGAGAUCGAGCUCACAUCGUUUGGGGGCGACGUCAUCUCGGCUACGGUGAGCCUGGCUCCCAACACAUGCACGCGCAUUCAAGCAUUCAAAAACUAG